AUGGAGGAUGCUAAGGAAAGCUCGGAUCUUCAGCCGGCAGGGACUGAAGCCGAUGAAGCUACUUUUCAACAACCUUUAUCGUCUGGUACCUCGACCAAUGCCGACCUUUCAAACACCUACUCGAACAUUGUUCGCCUGGAUGGAGACGCCGAUCCUCUUGAUCCGCAGAAUUGGCCAGCGACGAAGAAGCUCUAUACUGCCGUCCUCCUCGGUCUGGCAACCAUGAUAGCUGCUCUCACUAGUAGCAUCUUCUCCACGAUCAUUCCGGCACUGAUGGUUAUCUAUGGCAUCUCCCGCGAAGUAGGAACCCUCGGAGUCUCGUUGUAUGUCUUGGGUUUCGCGACAGGGCCUAUCAUCUGGGCACCCUUUUCUGAAGUCAAAGGCCGUCGAGCACCUUUCUUACUGGCUAUGUUUGGAUUCACCGUAUUUGCCUUCGCUACAGCCGUAUCGAAGGACUUGCAAUCAAUUUUUAUCUGCCGCUUCUUCACAGGUUUCUUUGGUGCUGGCCCUUUGACGCUUUCUGGCGCCGUCUAUGGUGAUAUCCUCGCGCCCCAGAUCCGUGGAGCUGGGAUGGUUGGCUUUUGUCUAAUGGUCUUCGUGGGCCCGCUCCUCGCCCCUACCAUCGGCGGCUUCAUCAUAAUGAACGAUAGCCUAGGCUGGCGAUGGACGCAAUAUAUCCCCGGAAUCCUCGGCGCCGCUUCAUUCAUCUCGCUUCUCCUCUUCCACGACGAGACAUACGUCCCCGUCCUUCUGUCUAAUAAAGCAGCUCGUCUCCGCCAAGAAACAAAAGACUGGUCUAUCCACGCGGAACACGAUGAACUCGACAUUAACUUCAAUAGCAUCUUCCACAACUACCUCGCUCUCCCCUUGAAAAUGCUCGCCCUCGACCCGAUCAUCCUCUGCAUGUGCAUCUUCGGCGCCUUCGUCUACGGCCUCCUCUACCUAUUCCUCACAGCUUACCCCAUCAUCUUCCAGCAAAUCUACGGCAUGACACCCGGCGUGGGCGGCCUCCCUUUCAUCGGCGUCGUCGUGGGCCAGCUGCUUGCGGGUGCGACUAUGUUCCUGGGCUCGCCUCGAGUGGGUCGUCAGAUCAAGGCGAAUGGUGGACAGAUGGUGCCGGAAUGGUUGCUGCCGAUGGCUAUCCCCGGUUCUGUGGCGUUUUCGGCGGGCCUGUUCUGGCUUGGUUGGACUGGGUAUCGGGGUGAUUUUCAUUGGAUCGUACCGACUGCUUCGGGGCUUUUGACUGGGUUUGGGCUUUUGGGGAUGUUUUUGCCAUCGAUCUCUUAUGUGGCUGAGGCGAGGAGGAAGAGGGCGGCGUCGGCGAUUGCAGCACACACAUUCCUUCGGUCUCUGGCGGGUGCUAUCUUUCCUCUUUUUGCGACUUAUAUGUUUGACGGUCUCGGUGUCGAAUGGGCUUGUACUCUUCUAGGUUGCGUUGCUGCGCUGCUCAUCCCUAUGCCGAUCAUAUUUUAUAUCUAUGGUGCGAGGAUCAGAGCACGGACACACAACCAGCCUCGCUCCAAAGCACGCCUAAACAAAAGCAGACAUAGCCGCAAGACACUCCCAAGGAGACCUGCACUGUUUGAUACACGAUGGGUCGCCCCAAGCUCGGUAAAACUGCGCAGAGCUUUAUGGGAUCGAUUCCGCCAUAGAGAGUCACGUUCCGAUGAUGGAUCCACAACAUCGAAAGGUACUCGAAGCGAAGCGAACGAGUUCGCAAAGGAGGAUUCAAAGGAAAGAACGACCUACUCUACUGUGAGCGAAGACCACUGCAGCGAAACCACACCUCGAGACUUCUCUACGAAGCGAAGAUCGGUAUCAUCCCACAGACCCCCAAGCCAGGUCGACGAUCCCGGAAGUGGAGGUAUAACGACAGAGUCAACCUCGAUCAUACCGUCAACGGAGGAGCAUCGGGACAAGGAAAUACCUCGCGACCUUUGGAAAGAAGCUUUUGAGGCGUUGUUGCCCGCAACACAAUCCCAUCUUCGGAAGUUGGGCUACGAACCGGAUGCUUCGAAGACGCCGCAUGCUCAAGAUCUGGACAUCCUCGUUCAAGAUCUCUGUGAAAAGCGGGAUAUCUGCGAGAAAGGGGGCUGGAAAUACAAAUCAGAAAACCAUGAGCUUAUCGUGCGAGACUCCGCGGCGAAAUGUGCGACCUUGAUUCCUGUCAAAUUCACCGAGCAAGUGCUCGCUUUGCUCGGGACAGUAGAGCGUGUUCUGCAGGUUACGCAUAGUGGAAGAGUGUACGAGUUCAUCUAUGCAACAGAAACCGGUGAUAUUGUAGAAACACUGGGCCAAGACCUUGUCAAAGUAUACCAGGCGGUCCAGGAAUUGUUGAGUCACGCCAUAGAGAUGUUUUCGAAGUCGACCUGGACGAGAAUCCUGGCAGGGAUUUUUGACAAAACCUCAGAGUUGUUCUCGGAUCUGGCUGCGAAGGAAGAGGAGCUCGCUCGGACUGCCCACGCGCCAGUCAUUGAUCAUGUUCAAGAUACUCUAGCAGCCGUCUCCAACAACGAAGGCUUUGCCUAUUUUUACUGUAACAAGAACGAGGAUGCUCGAACUCGUCCCCUGGCCGUGGCGCAAAGCUACGUUCGCCAACUAUCCUCUUCAGCGAAAAGCAGUUUGGGGUAUAUCCAGUCUAAGUUCCAGACAAGUUAUAAUGAGCUACGUCUUCGUGGGAAAGGUUUUAAUCUGGAGCAUUGCCGGACUUCAUUGAUUGAGUCUCUUAAUCUCUACCCACGAACCACCAUAGUGUUGGAUGCCUUUGAUGAAUGUGAUCCUGCGUCGCGUGAAGAUCUGAUUGAGCUGUUUGAGGCUUUGCUUUCCGCCAGCAAAAGACCUAUCAAACUCCUCAUCGCAAGCCGUCCCGACGGCGAUAUCAGGCGCGAAUUCCGCUCGCGCCCAAAUAUAGAAAUCCAGGAAACGGACAACCGCGACGACAUCCCUGCAUACAUUUGCCAGAUUAUACCAAAACUAGUUACAAAGAACAGUGCAAUCGAGGGACUCGAGCCGGAGAUUACAAGAGCUCUCUUGGAGGGAUGUCAGGGAAUAUUCCAAUGGGUCUUCCUGCAGCUUGAGCAGCUCGGGACAUGUAUUAGCCGCGAGGAUAUACUGGACAGCCUGGGAAAGCUUCCCAGAACACUCGAUGAAAUGUAUGGCCAAUUAUACGAGGAGAUAAGCAACGGCAUGCCCCAUGAUUUUAUUCUUGCGCAACGGGCUGUCAUGUGGGUUUUGGCCGCACGUGAACCCCUUUCACGAGAAGAUCUCCCCGAGGCGAUUCAUAUCAAUCCCGACCUUGAUAGUGCGGAUAUGUGUACCGUCAUCUCCGAAGACGCAUUGCUUUCAUUAUGCCGCAAUCUGCUGGUCAUUGACUCAGAACAAAACGUGUGGAGAGUGUCGCAUCUGUCCGUCGCAGAGUACUUCAAAUCCCGUCACGGCUGGACCGAUGGAGUGAUCAAUACGAUGGUGAGCAAAUCUUGUUUACUAUUCCUGCUGAGUGAGACGUUUUAUCUCGAGUAUCCCAUAUCUCGCCGUCGGAAACCCAAUAAAUCCGUAUUCAAGCGACCACUCCUAUACUAUAUAACAUAUCAUUGGCCAGAACAUGUUUCGCCAUCAGAACAGAGCAGAAUAUCAGAAGUCGACUUAUCGACUGUCACGGCGCUCUUGGAAAGGUUUCUUGGUGCUCCACAGGCCAGUAACGCGCAAUACCGGAAAUGGGCUUGGGUGCGGUAUUUGGAACCUGUUGAAAAUUCUAUUCUGGCUGUCUGUGAAUAUGGAUUCAAUAGGGUACUGAGCCAAUGGUGGGAAAUGGCCGAGCUGGACCAUACAUUGAUCAACUCUGCACAUCGUACCUAUAUGAUGGUGGCUGCAAGAGAGGGUCAUGUCGCCAUCCUGCGGCUUCUCCUGCAGAAAGGUGGCACCACCGGCAUACAAGGCUUCUCUCACUCUUACUCCACGCCACUGAUGGAAGCAGCUUCUGGGGGACACAUUGAGGCGGCCAGAGCUUUGUUAGGGGAAGGAAACGUGGACAUAAACUUACAGGUAAGAAGGAAUGGGCCUGACUCGUGCGCUUUGGACUCAGCUUUGUCAACACACAGUCCCAAUAUGCUCAGCAUGGUGCGUUUUUUGGUCUCCGAAAGCCAAGCGGACGUGAACAUGCAGCUGUGGCAUAGUGGCUUUGGCAGUGUUUUUGCCAAAUCCGCUGCGUUUGGGUUGCCGGAGGUUGCGAAAUAUUUGGUAGAAGAGGGCGGCGCUGAUGUUGAUUUGGUUCUGCAACAUGGGAAUUAUGGUAGCGCCCUGGCAUGCGCAGUCUCGUAUGGGCACAAUUAUUCUCACCGUGGAGAAAUUCUAGAUUAUCUGGUGAGGAUUCGACGAGCCAAUGUGGACCUGCUUCUUCAGACCGGCCAUUAUGGGAGUGCAUUGGCCGCUGCCGCUAGUAAGGGUGAGAUGGAAUUUGUUAGGUAG